AUGUAUAUCGAGCCCCACCUAAUAGAACCGAGGAAGCUCAAGAGCCGCGAAAUCACCGGCCUCGUCAUCGGCGUCGUCGCAGCCGUCUUCAUUAUCGCCGCCCUCUCCAUAUGUCUCUGCUUUAGGAGACCUAGAGCCCGCCGAGAGGAGGAUUACGUUGGCGAUACCGACUCCGAAAUCGUUCGUCGAAACCCAUCUCCCGGCAACAGUAGCAUCUUUGGCAUGAAAAAGAUGGGGAAGAAGGACCAGACGCUUUACAACGCCCGCCAUCCGGGCAAGGGCGUCGUGUACAGCGGGUUCCAGGGCGAUGACGCAGUUAACGGGGUGUCGAGCAGCCACCCGCCGCGUAUAGGGCGUAGGGCUCCGAUGGUCAAGGAUAACAGGGAUGCCUUUUUUUUCCUUCUAAUAUUUUCUCCUUCUUCUUCUCAUCCCUCGUAUUCUCCAUCCCGAACUGCGGGUAGCGACGGGACGAAAGCGAAGGGUUACUAA